GUUUUCUUUGAUAUUGAAACGGUAGAGCAGACUUCUGAUGUACUUGGUGAAAUUACUCGUGUGGGAAGCCUUUUUGUAAGGUCAAGUUUGGAAAGUUUACCAGAUCGAGCUAUGUUUGAGUUGACUGUUUUGGCACGAGAUGAGGGAAAUCCACCUACACCACCAGGCUCGUGUAAAGUGAUUAUCACUGUUAGCAAAGGUGUACAAGAUCUUAAACCAAAGUGGGACGAGUUACUACCCGCACGUGUUCAGAUUAAUGAGAAUGAGCCACCAAAUACCUUUGUAACAACGCUGAAAGCAUACCCAGCUGAUGUAACAUCAAGAAUAAUUUACUCCUUCGUUGGCGCUGGUGACGCUCUCCGAGACUACGACAAAUUUACGAUUAAUCCUAACACUGGCGAAAUCCGCACAAAGGUGGCUCUUGAUUAUGAAAGUCAAAUUAUAUUUAGUUUGUUGGUGUUGGCAACAGAUUCGGAGAAUGAUACGUUAACCAAUCAGUAUCUUCUGAUAGUGGAAGUCCUAGAUGUCGACGAUAACCAACCAUCAUUUGCUGACUGUCCUGGUAAACUGUACAAUAUGCCAGAGGUGUCUAAUGUUGAUGAGGAACGCAUGCCACCAUUAUUUGUAUAUCGUGCAGAGGCUUGCGAUCUAGAUGACACCCCACUUAACCUAGUGGAAUACUCAUGGUUCAUUGAUAGAAACUAUU